UUGAGUACCAGCUACUAAACUAUAUACAUCAUGAUCAGCGCCAUUGCCUUUGCUGCUUUCUUCGCCCUGGCUGCUGCCGACAACGCACCCAGCUACGCCCCUGCUCCUGCCUACGCCCCAGCCCCCAAGUACGCUGCAGAGCCCGCAUACGCUGAUGUUCCUCCAGUCUACGCCUACAACUACGCCGUUGCCGAUGACUACUCCGGAUCCAAGUUCAACGCCGGAGAGAACAGAGACGGAUACGCUACCUCUGGAUCUUACUCCGUUUCUCUUCCCGAUGGCAGAAUCCAGACUGUGACCUACACCGUCUCCGAUGCUUACUCUGGAUACGUCGCUGACGUCACCUACUCUGGAGAGGCCAAGUACGCCCCUGCCCCAGCUCCCUACAAGCCCGCCCCUGCCUACGCCCCUGCUCCUGCCUACAAAUCUGCUUAAAUUAAAUAUUUAUUUUAUUUAUUCAUAAAUAAAAAAUCAAUAUAAAGCUCUUA